UACAGAUUUUGAGGAACCUGUGAAGAUGCUAAUCCAGAGAGUGGAAGAAAGCCAGUAGUUGCGUGUGUGAAUGCUACACUCGUGGAAAAUUUAGAUGUUUUCAGUGUAAGAUAUGUGAAGUCAUGAGGGUCUUGGGACUGGAAUUAAACAAAGACAGAGAUAUUGAAAGAAUCCAUAGCAGUGGAGUUAACACCCUUGACAUUGAACCUGUUGAAAGGAGAUACAUGUUAUCAGGUGGUUCGGAUGGCGUGAUUGUACUUUAUGACCUUGAGAACUCCAGCAGACAGCCUUACUACACUUGUAAAGCACUGUGUUCCAUUGGCAGAAACCAUGCUGAUGUUCACAAAUACAGUGUGGAGACUGUUCAGUGGUAUCCUCAUGACACAGGCAUGUUCACAUCGAGCUCCUUUGAUAAAACUCUGAAAGUAUGGGAUACAAAUACAUUACAAACUGCAGAUGUAUUUAAUUUUGAGGAAACAGUUUAUAGUCAUCAUAUGUCUCCAGUUGCCACCAAGCACUGUUUGGUAGCAGUUGGUACUAGAGGACCCAAAGUACAGCUUUGUGAUUUAAAGUCUGGAUCCUGUUCUCAUAUUCUACAGGGUCACAGACAGGAAAUACUGGCAGUUUCCUGGUCGCCACGAAAUGACUAUAUCUUGGCAACUGCCAGCGGUGACAGUAGAGUAAAAUUAUGGGAUGUGAGGAGAGCGUCCGGAUGUUUGAUUACUCUUGAUCAACAUAAUGGAGAAAAGUCACAAGCUGCUGAAUCAGCAAACACUGCUCAUAAUGGAAAAGUGAAUGGCUUGCGUUUCACAGACGAUGGCCUUCACCUCCUUACUGUUGGAACAGAUAAUCGAAUGAGACUCUGGAAUAGUUCCAGUGGAGAAAAUACAUUAGUAAACUAUGGAAAAGUUUGUAACAACAGUAAGAAGGGAUUGAAAUUCACUGUUUCCUGUGGCUGCAGUUCAGAAUUCGUGUUUGUACCAUAUGGUAGCACCAUCGCUGUUUAUACAAUUUUCUCAGGAGAACAGAUAACUCUGCUUAAGGGACAUUAUAAAAGUGUUGACUGCUGUGUGUUUCAGUCUGAUUUCCAGGAACUUUACAGCGGUAGCAGAGACUGCAAUAUUCUUGCGUGGGUACCAUCCUUGUGUGAGCCACUUCCUGAGGAAGAUGAGACUAAAACUAAGUCCCGGUUAAAUCAGGCCUUUCAAGAUGCCUGGAGCAGCAGCGACGAGGAAGGAUGACUUCCACCUUUCUGCUCUUCGUUUCUCCUAAGGAUGGAACUUUUUGAGCAGCACUGUUUGUAUGUGGGGUUUUGUAACUGUUCAUUCUAUUCCUAAAAGUUAAGUUAGCACUAAAUUUGGAUGAUAUUUUUUCCUUGACAUUUUAAAAUGAAGUUUAUCUUUGUGUGAAAUCCUAUGGCAGACUUAUAUUAUUUAAUCAGCGAGAAAAGAAACUGUAAAAAUAAGCAAAUGAUGUGAAAAGGAAUUCAGAGGUAACACCUGAUUAGCCAAAAAGUCUCACAGUGCCAGACCCAGUGUGAAGUAGGUGAAGCCGCACAGUAUUGUUAUUGACAGAAACUGCAGCCAACAGUUGAUCAACAGGGAGUGACCAAAAAUACAGUGAAUGUUUCCAUCAGAAACAUUUAUUAUAGGGGCUGGGGAUGCAGCGCAGUGGUGCAGUAUCUGCCUGGGCAAGUGCGAGGUCCUGAGUUUGAUUCCCCAUACAAAAAUAAAUAAACUUUUAUUAUGGUAAAAGACACAUGGCUGUUAAUUUCUCUCAAAGUAUUCUGUUGCUUCUAAUACUUAUCCCAUCACGAUGGCAAAGUCCUUUAUUUAUGAUGUUUGUUUUUAUUUAAACAUUUUGUAAUAAGGAGUAAAGAGAGGCCCAUUUUUAAAUCACCCAUGUAUAUAAUAACGAAAUGAAAAAAAUGUGUGUUAUUGUGUGUGUGUACAUAUAGUCUGAAAACAGUAAGUAUUCACAAGAUUUAGAGAAAUAUAUAUGUAGAUAUAUAUAGUAGUGGAAGUAGAAAUUGUAAUUCUUUAGGAAAGUAGGGCAGUGCUAUGCACUGAAUGUUAAUGAUCUCCUCAGAUUCAUGUAUGAACCCUUGUCCCCAAAUGUGAGGACACCUGGUGCUCACCAAGGAUAUACAUAAGGGAAGGAAUAGCCAUGAGAACACAGGUUGAGAAAAGAACCCUCACUGGAACCCAACUGUGCAGGCACUCUGACCUGGGACUUCUGUCCUCCAGAACCGUAAGAAAAAAGCACCUGUUUUUGGGCCACCCAAUGUGGUAUUUUGUUACAGCAAACUGAACUAACCUUCCUCAGUGUACUAGGAUAAAGCCCAGGCAAGAGAAAUUAGGAAGAUAUACCCUGGCCCAGGGGUUGUUCUUCCCACCUGUCCUUCCCUGUUGCCUUGACCUUUACCCUGAGUCUUUGUUAAGAACUCACAGUACAAGAACACUGUGCACUUAGGUGAGAUGCUUGAGUCAGAAGUGCAACUUCUUUGGCUACUGGGGGGUGUAGGGGAGGGGCCUUCAGUCUAAUUCUAGCACUUGGUUCUGCCUUGUAAGCAUGGCCCUUGUCUAGACCAUCUUUGUUUCUAUAGUUAUUGAUGCUAUGAUUCCACAUUGCAACAGUGGCGAAUAGGAUCAGAACCAGACAC